GAUGAAGCGCGGCAUGAUGGCUGACUGGAAGGACAUCGCACAUUUGGUGCACGCGGCGCUUCACAGCCAUGAGCGCCACUGCGGCGCACAGAAGCACGACAAGUACGAGCUACAAGAGCUGGGUAACAGCCAGCAGGGUGAGGAGCAGAAUGCGUACGUGCCGAAGUACGGCGAGUACGACAGCAUGCGCGAGAGUUACAACACCAAGUACGACACCAGGCACGACAAGGCCGAGCAGCCCGAGGGGGUGACCAAGUACAUUGUCGUGCAGAUACCAGUGAACCACGGCUACUCCGCUUACGACGAUGACGACAUGACGACCACGAUACCUUCAGCGGCUGCGGCGAGUACAACGACUACGACGACUACGCCGCAUAUGGCUUCCUCACCCGGCCGCCUACCGCGCCAGCUGAGUUUCGAGAGCCACCAUCGGAGCUUCGAGGGGCACCAUGCUGCAACGGGGGCAAUUGAAAACCAAACGCUACGACCGGGCAGCCGACGACGUGGACUUACGUGCGCAAACGGAAGGAAGGCCAACACGCAGAAUGACGAGGGCCACCAGAGGAAGUACGAGAGCUACUAG